AGCUUCAGGGUUUGCAUUUGGCUGAUCUCUGUACUAGUUUUCAUAGGUUUCACAGGCUGGAGCAGGGGCUGCCUAUGUCAUAAGAGUUAAUUACAUCAUUGCUGCUGCCUGGCAACUUGGAAUUGUCAGCUCUAGAGGUAGUGAAGGCUGGCCACCUUGAACUCAAGACUUGUAACAGCGAUGCAAGGGAGGAAAUUUGAGAAACCAUUCUAUUGAGAUGAGUCACCUACCAGGAAAGGAGUUAAAUGGAACAACUACCCAAAGUCAAGAUCUGGUUCCUUGUGUGACCUGUGGAAGACGUUUCGCACAAGCUGUUCUGGUGAGACAUGAUCCCAUAUGCAGGAAAGUCUUCAAAAAGAAGCGCAAACCUUUCAACUCUCUGAAACAGAGACUGCAGGGAACAGAAAUCACCACUGUGAAGACACAGCCCUCACAAAAGAAACAGCCAGGGAAGAAAUCCAACUGGAGGCAGCACCAUGAGGAUUUUAUUAAUGCUAUUCGGUCAGCCAGGCAGGUCACAAGAGCUCUGAAGGAGGGCCGCCCUCUUCCGCCUCCUCCCCCACCAAGCAUCAAUCCAGACUACAUUCAGUGUCCGCACUGCUCACGACGGUUUAAUGAGGCUGCAGCACAGAGGCACAUCAAGUUCUGCGAAGAGCAAUGUGCCCGCCGUGCCUUUGCUGCAAAGGCCGCCAGACAGGCUCCGAACAAGCAGCCAGUGACUCAGAGAAAACCCCCAACUGCUGCAGCUGCUGCUGUAAUGCUUCAGAAGAGAGAACAAUGUGGCAGUACAGAUGAUCCUCAGCCAAGUAAGGAGUUCAUUUAG